AUGGGCAGAUCACCCAUACGAACUCAUCCCGUCUCCGGCAAAAGGAUUGGACCCGAGCAUUCUGCACUCUACAUCGCCAACGAGAUGGCCGUCGUCCACAACUGCAUCAUCAGGGGCCUGAAUGCCAUUUACCUGCAAGCACACCUUGUCAGGGAAACACAAGACAUCCAGGAUUUCCAGGACCUGAUCUAUGCUUGGCGCAAAUGGGUCCAAGCGCACCAUUCUCUCGUAGACGAUGCAAUGUUCCCAAUGUUGGCUGAUGCGGCCGGCAGACCAGGUCUGCUCCAAGAGAGUUCCGACCAACAUCAGGAGUUUGUAUCUGGCAUAGAUCAGUUGCUAGAACUUUCGUUGGAUCAGGUCUCCGGAUACAGCUACAGACGAGUCCGCGGCCUCAUCAACUUCUUCGCUCCUGCGAUGCAUAGACAUUUUGCCGACGAGGUAGAGGCUUUGGUGACAUUGAAGGAGUUCGACUCUUCGGCUUUGAUGAAUGCAUAUUCGAAGGCAGAGGAGGGUAUUCGCCACAUUGACGACGAAGCCAAGGCACGCAUCUUUCCUCUCGCCCUGGGAGUUCGGGAUGUCGCUUACGAAGGAGGCAAUGCCUGGCCAAAUUUCCCACCUGCAAUGGAAAAGGACAUAAUUCAUCGCCUCGUACCUUUGCAUGCUGGUGCAUGGAGGUUCUUGCCUUGUGAAUUCGAUGGCCAAGUGCGUCCGUCUCCGAUGUGA